GCUCGCAGAGCAGAUGCAGGAGCUGAUAGGCCAGGCAGCAUCUUGCUGACACGCACGUAGCAUCAGAAAAACACGGGCAGUGCCACACUCUCCUACAUACACACACGUAGCCGGAGCAGAAGCACGAAGUACUGCAGCAGUGGUUCCAGGUCACUCUCCAGGGAUGGCUCGGAUGCUGGAGCACCAGUUCACCGAGGAGAAGCCUCUGCUGGCUGAGCAGAGAGGAGGUCAGGAGACAGACAUGGAAAACUGUGAGCCUUUCAUCUCUGUGGGAGAAUGGAAGGAGCACAACAUAGAGACUCCCUUUGGGUGGCUGCAUGCGGCGACCCAAGGGGAGGCCAGGGCAAACAAACCUGCCAUCCUGACCUACCACGACGUGGGGCUGAAUCACAAGCUGUGCUUCAACGCCUUGUUCAACUACAACGGCAUGCAAGAGAUCACGAAGAACUUUAUGGUGUGCCAUAUAGAUGCCCCUGGACAGCAGAUUGGGGCCUCUCAGAUGUCACAGGGGUACCAGUAUCCCACUAUGGAUCAGCUUGCAGGCAUGCUGCCCAGUGUGGUCCAGCACUUUGGAAUCAAGAGAAUUCUGGGUAUUGGAGUCGGAGCAGGAGCCUACAUCUUGGCCAGAUUUUCGCUCCUCUUUCCAGAUAUGGUGGAGGGUCUGGUUUUGAUCAACAUCGAUCCCAGUGGCAAAGGCUGGAUUGACUGGGCUACUGGUAAGCUCACAGGGCUAACCAGCACUUUGCCAGAUACCAUCCUGCCUCAUCUCUUCAGCCAGGAGGAGCUGACAAACAACACAGAGCUGGUUCGAAGCUACAGACAGCAAAUCAACAGUACGAUUAACAAGUCUAACCUACAACUCUUCUGGAACAUGUACAACAGCCGGCGGAGUCUGGACAUGAAUCGAUCCGGGUCGGUGCUGAAUUCAAAGACGCUGCGCUGCCCAGUGAUGCUGGUGGUUGGUGACAAUGCUCCUGCUGAAGAAGGAGUGGUCGAAUGCAAUGCCAAACUGGACCCCAGCAAUACCACUUUCCUCAAGAUGGCUGACUCCGGAGGGCUGCCCCAGAUCACACAGCCUGGAAAACUGACUGAAGCUUUUAAGUACUUUCUCCAGGGUAUGGGCUACGUUACGCACAUAAGGGAUCGAAGGUUAAGUGGAGGUCCAGUACCCUCUGCUAGCAUGACCCGUCUGGCCCGGUCUCGCACUGCAUCUCUGACUAGUGCUGGUUCCGUGGAUGGUUCUGGCCCAUAAGUGAGCCUGCAGCGGGAUGGGGGCAAGGUGCUCUGCGGACAUCCCCAUGAUGGACUCUUUUUCUCAGUCCGUCUUUACCUUCUCUGCAUUACAUACCACCUAUUCUCCAAUGAGGGAGAAAAGCAGCAUUCUUUCAGAUCUUUUAGAUUCUGCCCAGUGCCUAACUCUGUCUCAUGAAUACCCUCCAUGUGCCACAAUGUUAAAAGCAUACUAACAGUGUACCUAAGAAAAACCCAAUUCUUCUUCUUUACCCAGAAAAAAACCUGAUCUAAUCCUUUUCCCAGGGAAACACCCACACUAAUCCUGUAGCCAGGGAAACACCUGCACUAAUCCUGCAACCAGGGAAACACCCACACUAAUCCUGUAGCCAGGGAAACACCCGCACUAAUCCUGCACCGAGGGAAACACCCACACUAAUCCUGUAGCCAGGGAAACACCUGCACUAAUUCUCUAGCCAGGGAAACACCCUCACUAAUCCUCUAGCCAGGGAAACACCCUCACUAAUCCUCUAGCCAGGGAAACACCUGCUCUAGACUGUGUUUCCCAAAAGCUCAUGUUAAUAACAUACACAGUUGCAGUUGCAUCAUUUUAACUCUGUAAGCUGCCUUUGGAAAACACAUCCUGAAUACUGUAGCCAGGGAAACACCCGCAUUAAUUCUCUGCCCAGAGAAAUGAAUACUCUAAUCUUGUACCCAGAGAAACACUGUCUUCUACCCAUAGAAACACCCACACAAAUCCUAUACUUGAGAAAUACACUUUAAUCCUGCAGACAGGGAAACACCUGCACUAAUCCUCUGUCCAGGAAAAUACCGGCUCUAAUCAUGUGCCCAAGAAAUACCUGCUCAAAUCUUGCACCUGGGCAAAUACCUGCUCUAAUCCUGCACCCAGGAAACACCCACAAUAACUCUGAACCUAUAUCUGUAUCAGGGAAACCCCACAACACACCUGUAUAUAAGGAAGCCCUUUCCUUUAGUGAUUCAAAAGAUUCAAAGGUGGUUAUAAUGUGUUAGAUUAUUCUUAUUGUUGUCCUGGUGGUUAUAUUAGCAAACACACCCUUGAAUAUGGCCACGCCCACAGUGACUCCAAGGUGACCUACUGCACUUCUUUACACAGCUCUGUGGAUGUAAAUGUAUCGCUGUCCCAAUCCUGAGAUGUGACCUCAAAUAAAGGCCAGGCAGAGCGGACA